GAGCCUGAGCCCAGGGAGCCUGGGCUGCUAGGGGCUGCAGACAUGGAGGGCCAGAGCAGCAGCGGCAGCAGGAGGCCAGGUACCCGGGCUGGCCUGGGACCCCUGCCCUUGCCCGGGCCCCAUGGGGUUUCCCAAACUGGGGCACCCUCCAAGGUGGACUCAAGUUUUCAGCUCCCAGUGAAGGAGAAUGCGGCCCCAGUACCCUCGGAACCAAGGUUGGCUCUAGCACCUGUGGGACCACGAGCAGCUAUGCCACCUUCCACAGAGGGGCCAAGGUUGGCUCUGGCGUCUCCUCGACCCACCCUGGCUCCACUGUCUACCCCUGGAGGGCAGAAGACAGCUCUUGCCCGCCGCGGUUCCAGCCUAGCUCCAACAUCUGUGGGCCAGUUAGUCAUGUCUGCCUCAGCUGGGCCGAAGCCGCCUCCAGUGACCUCAGGCUCAGUCCUGGCUCCAGCAUCCCUGGGGCAGCUGGUGAUGUCCGCCUCGGCAGGGCCGAGGCCUCCCCCAGCCACCCUGCGGCCCAGGCUGUCUCCAACGUCCAGGGACCAGAAGCAGGUGCCACCUGCCUCUGUGGAACCCAAGCCAGCACUGGCUGCCUCAGGCCUGAGCCUGGCCCUGGCAUCUGAGGAGCAGCCCCCACAACCCCCUUCCAACUCUUCCCCAGUGCCCAGUCCGGUUUUGUCGUCCUCUCAGGACCAGGCCCUGGCUCCAGCUUCUGUGACGUCAGCCUCGGCCUCUGUGGGAUGGACACCAGCUAAACAGAGGGAUGCCCCAGCCCCUAAACCUCUCCCCUCUUCCGAAGAGCAUCUCCAGCCUUCAGCUCAGGCAUCUGGUCCUGCAGCCUCCACGUCCUUGAUCCAAACCCCCGCAGACCCCUGGAUUUCCCCCUCCUUCAGAGCCCGGCCUGAGGCCCCCCGCAGCAGCCCCAAGGAUCCUGUCCUGCCCCGGCCACCCCAGACCCUGCCCCUGGAUGUGGGCCAGGGCCCUCCAGAGCCUGCCUCCCGUUCCCCAGGACUUCUGUCCCCCACCUUCCGGCCAGGGGCCUCCUCGGCCCAGACUGUGCCCCCACCUCUGCCCAAGCCACCCCGGUCUCCCAGCCGUUCCCCCAGCCGCUCCCCCAACCGCUCCCCCUGUGUCCCCCCAGCCCCUGAGACGGCCCUCCCCAGGCCUGGCACCCAGGGUGCAGGGCCUAGUGCGCACUUGAGCCCCAGUCCUCAGCCCCGAGAAACUCCAGCUCCGGUCACCGCCUCCCCUUCUACCUCCACCUCAUCAUCCUGUUGGUCAGCUCAGCCUACCUGCAAGAGCGACCCUGGCUUCUGGAUCACUGUGGUCACAUGGAAUGUGGGCACGGCCAUGCCGCCUGACGACGUCACAUCCCUCCUCCACCUGGGCAGCGGCGGUGAUGACAGUGAUGGGGCAGACAUGAUUGCCAUAGGGUUGCAGGAAGUGAACUCCAUGAUCAACAAGCGGCUCAAGGACGCGCUCUUCACAGACCAGUGGAGCGAGCUCUUCAUGGACGCACUGGCACCCUUCAACUUCGUGCUGGUGAGUACUGUGCGGAUGCAGGGCGUCAUCCUGCUGCUGUUCGCCAAGUACUACCACCUGCCCUUCCUGAGGGACGUGCAGACUGAUUGCACGCGCACUGGCCUGGGUGGCUAUUGGGGCAACAAGGGUGGAGUGAGCGUGCGACUGGCGGCCUUCGGGCACAUGCUCUGCUUCUUGAACUGCCACUUGCCAGCGCACAUGGACAAGGCAGAGCAGCGCAAGGACAACUUCCAGACCAUCCUUAGCCUCCAGCAGUUCCCGGGGCCCGGGGCGCAUGGCAUCCUGGAUCACGACCUCGUGUUCUGGUUUGGGGACCUCAACUUCCGCAUCGAGAGCUAUGACCUGCACUUCGUCAAAUUUGCCAUUGACAGCGACCAGCUCCACCAGCUCUGGGAGAAGGACCAGCUCAACAUGGCCAAGAACACCUGGCCCAUCCUGAAGGGCUUCCAGGAGGGGCCCCUCAACUUUGCACCCACCUUCAAAUUUGAUGUGGGUACUAACAAAUACGAUACCAGUGCCAAGAAGCGGAAGCCAGCCUGGACAGACCGUAUCCUGUGGAAGGUCAAGGCUCCAGGUGUGGGUCCCAGCCCCUCAGGACGGGAAAGCCACCGCCUCCAGGUGACCCAACACAGCUAUGACAGCCACAUGGAAUACACAGUCAGUGACCACAAGCCAGUGGCUGCCCAGUUCGUCCUGCAGUUUGCCUACAGGGACGACGUGCCGCUAGUGCGGCUGGAGGUGGCAGAUGAGUGGGUGCGACCAGAGCAGGCUGUGGUGAGGUACCGCAUCGAAACCGUGUUCGCCCGCAGCUCCUGGGACUGGAUCGGCUUGUACCGGGUGGGUUUCCGCCACUGCAAGGACUACGUGGCUUAUGUCUGGGCCAAACACGAGGAUGUGGAUGGGAACAUCUACCAGGUGACCUUCAGUGAGGAGUCGCUGCCCAAGGGCCAUGGAGAUUUCAUCCUGGGCUAUUACAGCCACACGCACAGCAUCCUCAUUGGUGUCACUGAGCCCUUCCAGAUCUCGCUGCCCACCUCGGAGCCGGCCAGCAGCAGCACAGACAGCUCAAGCGCCAGUUCAGAGGAUGAGGAUGACAGUACCCUGGAGCUGCUCGCACCCAAGUCCCGUAGCCCCAGCCCCGGCAAGUCCAAGAGACACCGUAGCCGCAGCCCAGGCCUGGCCCGCUUCCCUGGCCUUGUCCUGCGGCCUUCAUCCCGUGAACGCCGUGGUGCCAGCCGCAGCCCCUCACCGCCGAGCCGCCGCCUGCUCCGGGGGGCCCCCGACAGGAGCAAUGACGGUGGCAGCCGGGGCAGUAGUGAGGAGGGGCCCUCUGGGCUGCCCGGUCCCUGGGCCUUCCCACCGUCUGUGCCUCGAAGCCUCGGCUUGCUGCCUGCCUUGCGCCUGGAGACCGUCGACCCCGGUGGGGGUGGUUCCUGGGGACCUAAUCGGGAGGCCCCAGCCCCCAGUAGCCAGGGCCGGCAGGGGCUGGAGGAAGGGGGUCUGGGGCCCUGAGGGUGGGUGGGCGGAUGGGCCCAGGUGGCCGCCACUGUGCCCCGAUCUCCUGCAAACCCACCUGUGUUCCUCUUGCCGCUGCUCCGGCUUCAUCCGCACCUGCCACUCUGUCCUGGUCAGGGGUGGCCACGUGGGGUCCCCCAAACUCAGUCCUGGCCCCUCAACUGUGACAAUCAGCAAAGCGCUAUCAGCCCCCAUCUGAGAUGGGGUGGCGGGGGUUUGCAAUCCUGGAGGUCAUCAAUUAGAAAUUAAAUUCUCCAGCAUCA